GCCUGUCCGGGCGGGUCUGCGGGCGUCGGCUCCGUGCAGUGCGCGGGGUGUCCGGGAGAUGGCUUCUCCGCGCUCGCCCGCGGCUCCCGCUAUUGUCUCGCCCGGGGUUGCCUGAUUGCGGGCUCGCGCACGCUCCUGGCCGAGAGGACUUUCCCCUCCGAGCUGGUCCUUGCGCCCUUCCUGCAACCGGCUGCCCUGGGACCCCAGGCCGGCGCUCGCCGCGUGCAGCCAGAGAGGGAGCGGCGCGGAAGAAGGCGUGCGCGGCGACUCACGCGGGUGCCGGUGCCGCCUGGAGCCGCGGAGCGAGCAGCCCACGUCGCCGAGCACACGACACGUCGGGUCCUGCAGGGAAGCCUGCCGGGAGCACAGGUGCCCAGCCACCAUGCCCCAAACCCUGCAGACCUGACAUUGGCAGGAAGUAAAAGACUUCCUCAUCUCCUCCAUCCCCCAUCCUCACCAUGUCUUCGACUCAGGGCAAUGGAGAACACUGGAAGUCCCUGGAGUCGGUGGGCAUCAGCCGCAAAGAGCUGGCGAUGGCCGAAGCCCUGCAGAUGGAGUAUGAUGCUCUGUCCCGGCUCCGGCAAGACAAGGAGGAAAGCAGAGCCAAGCAGCACACAGACCCCUCUCUCAUCAGCUGGGAUGAGCCUGUCCUAGACUUCUACAGGAAACCGGCAGGAAGGCGGAAGGACCUCAAGCUCUUACGUGGUCUUUCUGGCUCCGAUCCUACCCUCAACUACAACUCGAUCUCCCCACAAGAAGGCCCGCCCAACCACUCUACCUCCCAGGGUUCCCAGCCUGGCCCAGAUCCCUGGCCUAAAGGCUCCCUGGCUGGAGACUAUCUCUACAUUUUUGAUGGUUCGAAUGGGGAGCUCUCUUUGUCCUCAGGACCCGGAGACAUAGAGGGCUCUUCCAAGAAACUGUCCCCACCUCCUCUGCCUCCCCGAGUCUCUAUCCGGGACACCCCUCCUCUGCCUCCCAGAAAGGGGUCCCCCUCAUCCUCCAAGAUCUCCCAGCCCAAUGACAUUAACACUUUUUCUUUGGUUGAACAACCUCCAGGCAAGUUGCUAGGGCAUCGGAUCCUAGAAGAGGAAGAAGAGCAGAGGGGUGGGAGUCCGGGGCACCUUCUCGGGUGUGUGGACUAUGAUGGUAUCAACGAUGCGAUUACACGGCUUAACUUGAAGUCAACCUAUGAUGCAGAGAUGUUGCGGGACACCAGCAGGGGCUGGAAGGAGGGCCGGGGGCCCCUGGACUUUGGCAAGGACACUCCUGGAAAACCCGUGGCCCGGAGCAAGACCAUGCCCCCUCAGGUGCCCCCCCGCACCUAUGCCUCUCGCUACGCCAACCGAAAAAAUGCGACACCGGGCAAGAACCGCCGGAUUUCUGCUGCUCCGGUGGGCUCCCGGCCCCACGCCGUCGCCAAUGGCCAUGAGUUGUUUGAGGUCUCAGAGGAGAGAGAUGAGGAAGUUGCUGCAUUUUGCCACAUGCUGGAUAUCCUCCGAUCUGGCUCUGACGUCCGAGACUACUCCCUCACUGGAUAUGUCUGGAGUGCUGUCACUCCAAGCCCAGAGCAUCUUGGGGAUGAGGUCAACCUGAAGGUGACCGUGUUGUGUGACAGCCUGCGGGAGCCACUCACUUUUACCUGCAACUGUUCCUCCACUGUUGACUUGCUCAUCUACCAGACCCUGUGCUACACCCAUGACGAGCUGAAGGAUGUGGACGUGGGUGACUUUGUGCUAAAGCCCUGUGGGCUGGAGGAGUUCCUGCAGAACAAGCAUGCCCUCGGCAGCCAUGAGUACAUUCAGUACUGCCGCAAGUUUGACAUCGACAUUCGGCUACAGCUGAUGGAGCAGAAAGCUGUCCGCAGUGACCUGGCCCGGACGGUGAAUGAUGACCAGAGCCCCUCUACCUUGAACUACCUCAUCCAUCUGCAAGAGAGGCCAGUCAAACAGACCAUCAGCAGGCAGGCCCUAAGUCUCCUGUUCGACACUUACCACAAUGAGGUGGAUGCCUUCCUGCUGGCAGAUGGGGACUUCCCGCUGAAGGCUGACAGGGUGGUCCAGUCUGUCAAGGCCAUCUGCAACGCCCUAGCCGCCGUGGAAACUCCCGAGAUCACCAGUGCUCUCAACCAGCUGCCCCCCUGCCCUUCCCGCAUGCAGCCUAAGAUUCAGAAGGAUCCCACUGUCUUGGCUGUGAGGGAAAACCGAGAGAAGGUCGUGGAAGCCCUGACGGCUGCCAUCUUGGACUUGGUGGAGCUGUACUGCAACACGUUCAACGCAGACUUCCAGACAGCGGUGCAUGGGAGCCGCAAGCAUGAUCUCAUCCAGGAGGCCUGCCAUUUCUCCAGGCCCCUGGCCUUCACUGUCUGUGCCGCCCACCGCAUCCCCAUCACCUGGGCUACCAGCUAUGAAGAUUUCUACCUCUCCUGCUCCCUCAGCCAUGGCGGCAAGGAGCUCUGCAGCCCGCAGCAGACCGGAAGGGCUCACUUCUCCAAGUACCUCUUCCACCUCAUCAUCUGGGACCAGCAGAUCUGCUUCCCUGUGCAGGUGAACUGGCUGCCUCGGGAGACCCUGCUGUGUGCCACUCUCUGUGCAGUGCCUGUCCCCCCACCUGGCAGCUCCUCGGAGACCAAUAAGCAGCGGCGGGUGCCUGAAGCCCUGGGCUGGGUCACUACCCCACUCUUCAACUUCAGGCAAGUCCUGACCUGUGGCCGGAAGCUUCUGGGCUUAUGGCCAGCAACACAGGAAAACCCCAGUGCCCGUUGGAGUGCGCCUAACUUCCACCAGCCGGAUAGCGUCAUCCUGCAGAUUGACUUCCCCACCUCGGCCUUCGACAUCAAGUUCACCAGCCCCGCUGGAGACAAAUUCAGCCCCCGCUAUGAGUUUGGCAGCCUCCGGGAGGAAGACCAGCGCGUGCUUAAAAACAUCAUGCGGAAGGAGUCCCUGUACUGGCUCACUGAUGCUGACAAGAAGCGCCUGUGGGAGAAGCGCUAUUAUUGCCACUCGGAGGUGAGCUCGCUCCCCCUGGUGCUCGCCAGCGCCCCCAGCUGGGAGUGGGCGUGCCUGCCCGACACCUAUGCCCUCCUGAAGCAGUGGACGCACAUGAACCACCAGGAUGCCCUGGGGCUCCUGCAUGCCACCUUCCCGGACCAGGAGGUGCGCCGCAUGGCUGUGCAGUGGAUCGGCUCGCUCUCAGAUGCCGAGCUGCUUGACUACUUGCCCCAGCUCGUACAGGCCCUGAAGUAUGAGUGCUACCUGGACAGCCCCUUGGUGCGCUUCCUCCUGAAACGAGCUGUCUCUGACUUGAGGGUGACUCACUACUUUUUCUGGUUGCUGAAGGACGGCCUCAAGGACUCUCAGUUCAGCAUCCGCUACCAGUAUCUGCUGGCAGCCUUGUUGUGCUGCUGUGGCAAGGGGCUGAGAGAGGAGUUUAACCGCCAGUGCUGGCUUGUCAACGUCCUGGCCAAGCUGGCCCAGCAGGUCCGGGAGGCUGCCCCGUCUGCACGGCAGGGGAUCCUCCGCACGGGCCUGGAGGAGGUGAGGCAGUUCUUUGCCCUCAAUGGCUCCUGCCGCCUGCCGCUCAGCCCCAGCUUGCUGGUGAAGGGCAUCGUGCCCAGGGACUGUUCCUACUUCAGCUCCAACGCUGUCCCCCUCAAGCUCUCCUUCCAAAAUGUGGACCCGCUGGGUGAGAACAUCCGUGUCAUCUUCAAGUGCGGGGACGACCUUCGCCAGGACAUGCUAACCCUGCAGAUGAUUCGCAUCAUGAGCAAGAUCUGGGUCCAGGAGGGGCUGGACAUGCGCAUGGUCAUUUUCCGCUGCUUCUCCACUGGCCGGGGGAGAGGGAUGGUGGAGAUGAUCCCCAACGCCGAGACCCUGCGCAAGAUCCAGGUGGAGCAUGGGGUGACCGGCUCCUUCAAGGACCGGCCCCUCGCCGACUGGCUGCAGAAACACAACCCUGGGGAGGAGGAGUACGAGAAGGCUGUGGAGAACUUCAUCUAUUCCUGUGCUGGCUGCUGCGUGGCCACAUACGUCUUGGGCAUCUGUGACCGACACAAUGACAAUAUCAUGCUGAAGACCACCGGCCAUAUGUUCCACAUAGAUUUUGGCCGCUUCCUGGGUCAUGCCCAGAUGUUUGGCAACAUCAAGCGGGACCGUGCCCCCUUUGUCUUCACCUCGGACAUGGCAUAUGUCAUCAACGGGGGUGACAAGCCUUCCAGCCGCUUCCAUGAUUUUGUUGACCUUUGCUGCCAAGCCUACAACCUCAUUCGCAAGCACACCCACCUCUUCCUCAACCUUCUGGGUCUGAUGUUGUCCUGUGGGAUCCCUGAGCUCUCAGACCUGGAGGACCUCAAGUAUGUGUAUGACGCCUUGAGGCCUCAGGACACAGAGGCCAAUGCCACUACUUACUUCACUAGGUUGAUUGAGUCUAGCCUGGGCAGUGUAGCCACAAAGCUCAAUUUUUUCAUCCAUAACCUGGCUCAGAUGAAAUUCACGGGCUCAGACGACCGGCUGACCCUUUCCUUUGCCCCCCGAACACACACUCUCAAGAGCUCUGGCCGCAUCAGUGAUGUUUUUCUCUGCCGCCAUGAGAAGAUCUUCUACCCCAACAAGGGCUACAUUUACGUGGUAAAGGUGAUGCGAGAGAAUGCUCACGAGGCCACUUACAUCCAGCGGACGUUCGAGGAGUUCCAGGAAUUACACAACAAGCUGCGGCUGCUCUUCCCUUCUUCCUUCUUGCCCAGCUUCCCCAGCCGCUUCGUGAUUGGGCGCGCGCGCGGAGAGGCGGUGGCCGAGCGGCGGAAGGAGGAGUUAAACGGCUAUAUCUGGCACCUGAUCCACGCCGCCCCCGAGGUGGCCGAGUGUGAUUUGGUGUACACCUUCUUCCACCCCCUGGCCCGGGAUGAGAAGGCUAUGGGCACCAGCCCAGCUCCCAAGUGCUCAGAUGGCUCAUGGGCCCGGCCUGUCGGGAAGGUAGGAGGGGAGGUGAAGCUGUCAAUCUCCUACAAAAACAACAAACUUUUCAUCAUGGUGAUGCAUAUUCGGGGCUUGCAACUGCUCCAGGAUGGGAAUGACCCUGACCCCUAUGUAAAGAUUUACCUCCUUCCUGAUCCUCAGAAAACCACUAAGAAGAAAACCAAAGUGGCCCGGAAAACCUGCAACCCCACCUACAAUGAGAUGCUGGUGUAUGAUGGGGUCCCCAGGGGAGACCUGCAGCAGCGGGAGCUCCAGCUGAGUGUGCUGAGCGAGCAGGGGUUCUGGGAGAACAUCCUCCUCGGGGAGGUGCACAUCCGCCUGCGAGAGCUGGACCUGGCCCAGGAGAAGACUGGCUGGUUCGCACUGGGCUCUCGAAGUCAGGAGACCUUGUGAGCCCAGCAGAUCCCUAGCCGGGGACCCUGGUGGUGGAGCACUAGGGAGAAGACUCUCCUCUGAUUGACUCUUCCUUUCCUUGCCAGGGGGCGGGGCCCUGGGGAGGCCUCCCUGUGGUCCAGGUGGAUUGAGCCUUCCUGCUAGGAGUCAGGGAGAGUAACUGCUCUCUGCUGUCCCCUCCUCUGCAGACUGAAUUGGGGUUGGUGGUGAUGAGCAGCCCUUGGAGGCUGCGAGGUUGCAGCAAAGUUUUAAGUUUACCUUGUGUCAAGGGAGCAAUGCCUGGUUUGGGGUGUGUGGGGUGGGCUGUAUGAAGUAGCAUUUUAGUGGGGAGGGUGGGUGGAUAUCUUUAUUUUUAUUUUUAAAAAAUGCAAUAGUAAUGUUGUCCUAACUGGACAGGAAGCCUUGUGAGAAGGGACUUACAUAUGCCUCAGAAAGCAAAAGAGGAAGACUAUUUGGAAUUUUUGUAUGAUUAAGGUUCUUAUUGGACUUUUCACUAGAUUGUUUUUGUUUUUCUGUCUAUAAGAAUUAUUUGAGGAGGGCCCAGUGGGUCCUCGGUUAGAGCCCUCCCUCUCAGGGCAGGUCGGGGAGGGACGGGGAGGGCUGUGUGUGCUGGUCGAGGCCUGCGCUGCCGGGCCUUUCUGAUUUUGCCUCCAAAGGAGAGCGAUGUGAUACCUGGUGUGUAAGGAAGGGCCUUCUGUUGGGGGUUCUGCAGAGAACCAGGAUUCAGGGACUCAAGCUCUCUCAGGGGAGUUGACUCGCAUCUUCCCCUACUUUGCUAGGACUCGCCCUGAAUACUCUCUUCUACCCUCCAUUCUCUCCGCCCUUCUGGGGACCAUCUAGUCCCUGUGAAUACGCUGGGGGCGCUUCCCCCAUAGGCCUCUCCCUUCAUUUUUCUCUGGUGGGAUAAAAUGCUGCCUCAGCCCUUAGAUUUCGAUUCGCCCAAGGGCGUCUUGGUCCUGGGAGGGGCCUGGAGGCUUCAGAUGCCAGUGUGGCCCCAUCACCCCUAUACCACUCCCCUCUUUUGUGCUGCUUCUCUCCCAAACGCCAUUUCUGUCACAUUUUUUAUAAGAAUUUCCCUCAUUCUGUGGGGCCAUAAACCUAUUUAGUUUGGACCCAAAGGGAUGCCCUAACUGAAGGAAGGGUGCAUGUGAUGGAGGGGG